AUGGCAGACCCUGGAAGGAUAACCAUGCCAAUAGGUGUUCAACCACCAGACGUUCUCGAGUGGUCGAGAACACUUCGUUCACGAAGUCCAUCACCAACUAGAAUGAAUGGCCUGAGAUCUCGGAGUCCAUCUCCAACUAGACUCUUAAGUGCCAGAGGGGUCUAUUUGACUGACGUCCCAUCCAGUGCAGGUAUACCGAAACAUUCCAUCACAAAGAUGAAGAAAUCAAAGUCUAGCUCCAGUGCUGGAUUACGAAAGUCGACCGGUAAUCUAGCAGCCACAUUUAAUGGAACUGCUAGCAGUGGAAAACUGAACAAGUCUGGGUCAGGGUCACAUGACCUUGGAAACAUCGAAGCAGAGUACAUAAAAAAUUUACAACAACAAAUAUAUUUCCUGGAGCUCGAGUCAAACUAUCUUCGGGAGCAGGCACGUAAGGCGACAGAGAUGCACCCACAGAUGACAGCUGAAGCAGAGAGGAUGCUGGUUAAGUUAAGAACAAUGCAGACAGAGGUAGACAAUGCUCAGCUUGAGUGUAAAAGUAAAGAUUCAUCAAUCGCUCAGUCUAUCUGUGAGAAGGAGAAAUUGGAGGAACGACUAAGGGACGAAGAAGUGUGUCGACAGCGCGACAAAAGACAACUGAUGGAUGAGAUCAUUGCUUUGAAAAAGACACGGGAUGUAUUGGAGCAUGACUUGACAAACAAAGAUGGUCAAGUUAAUGAUGCUCGACGUGAACUUGAUAUGAGUGCUACAGCUAUAAGAAAUGCAGAGCUCAAAAUUUCAACACUCAAAACUCAGUUAGACCAGAGAACAGAGCAGCACAAGAUGACUCAGAUUGCCUUGGAUGAGAAACGCUCCGAAUUGUUGAGUACAGAAACUCAGCUACGAGAGAUCGAGGAAAAAUACUACAACAACACAGUACAGAUACAGGAUAAGAUCACUAAUGAUCUCAGAGAAGAAAUCAGAAUAUUACGACAAAAGUUGAAAGAGACCGAGAUGAAUGCAGACCACGACCGCUACUUGAAAACAAAGAUGUCUGAAGAUAGUACCAACUUGGUGCGAGAAAAUGCUCUCCUCAGUCAAAAGUUGCAGGAUGUUGAGAGUCAGCUCAUCAGGGAGAAAGAGAUCCGGGAUAACCAGGAAAGUCGUAACAGUAGCCAUGUUUCCGAGCUUGUACAGCUCCGUGACAAAGAGAAGGAGACCCGUUUUGAGUUACAGCACACACACGAGCUGCUGCGUAAAGAACAGGAAAGGAACAAAUUGUACUCUGAAAAGAUGGUGAAGCAGGAAGCUGUGGCUACCUCACUUGACCUCAGUGUGAAUACAUCUCGUAGUAGGAUUACAGAACUUGAGAACUACCAGGUCGGGAUUGAACAGGAAAACGCUCAGCUACGCAAGGACAAGACUCUUCUUGUAGAUCAUGUUUCUGAUCUCCAACGCAAGUUGGAGAUGAAGGACCGUGAGAUCAACAUCCUCAAGUCCCAGAUGCACACAUUGGACACCAAGGUAAAUGAACUCAACCAUCUGAAAAAGCUGGAGUCUACUGUUCAGAGUCAAAAAUGGGAGGAGUUUGAGAAGCUGGCAGAGAGUAUGCGGAAUUUGUCUCACACUAUGUCUACAACAGGAACAUCAUCCUCUCAGGUGUUACAAUACUAACGGAGAGACAAUUCUGCUCACCAGCAGGGACAUUCCUAACAUAGUGGACAUAGCGAUUUUGCAACAAUUGUGAAAAGGGGCUGACCUGGUGAUUGUUUUUACUAUUGACAGCCCAAGCAGAAUCCAGUCAAUAUUACUUGCCCUUGUUACCUAAAAUCUGUGGGAAUGUUGAUAAUUCUUAAUUAUCUUCCACAAAAUGACCCUGCUUUACUUAUUGUAUAUUAGUUAACCUUUAUUAGGUUUGAUCUGUUUUAGAUCUAGAAAUUUUGUUUUCAUUUUGUUUUUUUAU